UUGCAGAAUGUACUGGCAAAGACUGAAACGUUCUUCAACUUGACGCCAUAAUAACAACAAAGGUUGAUUUCGAGAUGCCGUAUCACUUUAUCUGCUAGGUAGCUCGUGUACGGUUGGGUGUGGGACGAAGACAAACGGGCAACGCUCGAACCCCAAGGAACGAACCUCCGAUUGUUUCCUACGCUAUCUCUCGCACUCGAAUUUGUGGGCGACACGGUCCGUCACAUACAUGGUUUUCUGUGCAAUGACGCCCGCGCGUUUUCCCAGAAAAUGAUGUUACUCAUGCCCCACAUACCUAAAUUCUACAACGAACUGACCACCAUCUUCGAGAGAAGCAGCCGUCCCUCGUCCGUCACCCGCCUCCGUACGCGCGCCUGCCUCCUCGAGAGCAGCCCGCAACGCGCGAAACCCCCUGGACGACAGCACUGACACCAUAUCGGAAGUGCUGAGCUACUGCGCAGAGAACGAAUACGUGUUUCUCGCCGGCGUAAGCAGCAACUGGCGGAGCACCUGGGAAGCGGCAGGCCGCCCGAAGAAGACGAGCGUGUCCCUGGCGACCGCCACCAACACCAGGGUGGAGACGAUCAUGGGCCAGCCCUCCUUCCACGUCGCAACAAGGCACCUGGGAGGCGUGUUCUGCCUCGCGGCAAGCGCGGGAAACCUCGGCGGGAUCCAGACUGCGGCCAGGGAGUCCGGGGACGGCUGGGAGUCCCUCGGCUCCGUGGUGAUGAUGACGGCGGAAGCGGCAUCCGCCGGGCACCUGCACAUUCUCGAGUGGGCGAAAUCGGCUGGGUGCCGGCUCAGCGUCCACAUUCUGCGGUCCGCCAUCAAGGGAGGGCACCUCGACGUUGUCCGCUGGGCCCGGGACGAGGCGGGGGCGCCGUGGUUUCCGGACACGUGCCGCCUGGCCGCCCUCGGCGGACACCUGCACGUCCUGCGCUUUUUGAGGGAAGAGGGGAGGCCCUGGGACGAGCAGACGUGCACUGCUGCGGCCGAGGGAGGGCAUCUCGAAGUCCUCAAGUACGCCAGGAGGCAUGGCUGUCCUUGGGACUCCAGCGCGUGCAAGUCCGCCGCCUGGGGAAACCGCAUACAGGUGCUCAAGUGGGCCCGCGAGCACGGUUGCCCGUGGGACGUUAGCGUUUCGCACGGUGCCGCGCUGGCUGGCAACCUGCCGAUGCUAAUUUGGGUGCGCCAGAACUGCUGUCCCUUUGACAGACGCACGUGCUCGUACGCGGCUCUCGGGGGACACCUGGAAUGCUUGCAGUGGCUGAGGAGAGAAGGGUGCCCUUGGGACGAAGACACCGCUGCCUGCGCGGCACAGGGGGGUUAUCUUGAGGUGCUGCGUUGGGCGGUAGAGGAGGGAGGGUGUCCCUGGAAUGAGCGAACGUGCGCCAGAAUGGCAACAACCCGUCGGCACAACGAGGUGGUGGAAUGGAUGAAGCGCCUUCCAGUUAUAUGA